CACACCUCCGCCCCCCGUGGCCGUCAGUCUUCUUAACGCGAGAACCUCCUUUCUACAAUGUCGUCCAACGUCGGCCUCUCCACCCCUAGGGGCAGUGGCACCUCUGGCUACGUCCAGCGGAAUCUGUCCUUCCUCAAGCCCCGCGACAAUGCCGCUCCCUACCCCAAAGACUUCGAUAACUUCAAGCACCGCCAACGCCAGCCCGACAAGGAGAUACUGGAGCACGACCGCCGCCGAGAGAUUGAGGUGAAAGUUUUCGAGCUACGGGACAGACUGGAAGAUGAAGGCGUUGACGAGGAUGACAUCGACGACCAGUGCACCGCCCUGCGCAAGAAGCUCGAAGCCGAGAGACAGCAGGGCAAAGACGCAGGCCCGAAUGCGAGAGGACUCAAGUCCCACCAGGUCCACGAGCUAGCUGCCGCCAAGAUAGAGGAGAGCGAGAAGCUCCGCAAGGCACUGGGUAUCCGAGAGGACUAUGAGGAGGGUAGCCACUGGAAAAGACAGGAGGAGCGGCUCAGAGAGUCGGUUCUUGAGAGAGGCAAAGAGGAGGCCCGCCGAGAAGAAUUAAGACGAGAGGAGUCGGAUUGAUUAUUGCUGGAACAAUAGGUGAUAGGCGUUAUCCUUGGCAUAUGGUGGGCGUCGAAGGCGUAGCAUGGAACCCUUCGGUUGUUUGAAUCCUGAGAGACUUCACUUUGCCUUUUCUUCCGUAUUCGGCGAUAGUUAAGCUUUGGUGACAGUAGUUCAGUCUACUAUAGGAAGUUGAAGACAGGACCAAUAAACGUUCACUUUGUCAGUAACCUAUUACUCCUGACUCUCCAAAAGCGAACAGUCCGUAUUGCGCCAUUGCCCUUCACAAUCCCCGAUGGGUUCACUGCGUUGGUUGCUAUCCGCUUUCCCUACUGUAUAUUGCAUUCUCGCAAGCAUCUCCUCUCCUGUACUAGUGGGCGAUCACCUCUGCAUCAGCCAACUGCAUAGCUUCUGUGA